AUGAUAAAUCAAUAUUUAUUGCCAAUCACAAAACAAAUAACCAAAUGGCAUUCCUGUCUAGUCAAAGACCCUGAUAAUAAAAUUACUAAAAUGUUGUCAAAUAUAUAAAUAAAAUCAAUAACAUUCCACUCUCCUUAUACCUAAACUAUAAAAUUUGAUAGAAAUUAUUCAAGGGCAGCAUUCUUUAUUAACUUGGUGAAACACUUUGGUAACCUAAUAAAGGCAUUAACGUUAUCUGAAUAUCUUUAAAUAAAAGAACUAGAUUUUAUUUCUUUUUUAUAAAAACAAUAGCAUCUUCAUCCAUUAACAAAAAAAAAGGAUUAGAAUAAGUAUUAAUUAAAUGUGUAUAAGGCACUGGAUCUAAAGGUGUUUAUGGGCACACAGAGUAAUGAUUCAUCACUCUCUGAGAGAAUUGAAAGAUACAUUGGGAAUUAAAAUAUAGGAAAGAAUAUUAGUUAUGGAUUAAAAAUAGGGGAAGAUAUUAUAAUCUAAUUAAUAAUUGAUGAUGGACUUGGAUCUAGAGGAUAUAGAUAAUAUGUUUUGUUUAAGAUUUCAAUCUUAUUGGAAUUACUGAAGGGGAUCACUAAACUUAAGGAAUUUUUGAUAAUGCUUCUUAAUUCACUCUAUAAGGAUAAUAACCUAGAUAAUCAUCUAGUAAUCAGAGAAAAAAAGUUUUCUUAGAGGAAAAGUAUUUCAUACCAGAGCUUCUCCUUAAUAAGGAAAUAAAGAGGAAGGUAUUUAAUAUUCUAGAAUAAUUACCUCCUGGUUUUGUAUCUAUUUUUUAAUAACAUCAUUUACUGUCAGUAUGAAAGAUGUACAAAAAAUUACCAAAUAACGAUUUCUUAUAUGAAGGAUGGAUCUACUAAAAUAGCUAUCCAAACGAUCAUAGAAGGUUGA